ACCACAAUAACCAUAAUAACCAUAAUAACCAUCAUAACCAUCAUAACCACUGUGUCGGGGGAUGUGGUCCUCUGUGGAGCAGCUCGUGGAGGAGUUCAUGAGGACGACGGUGACUGAACUCUGCCAGAGACUCAGAGAGAGAGAAGAAGAAGAAGAAGAAGAGUCAGUGGAGGAGGAGCUGCUGGCUUUGAUGAGGAGGUGCUGUGAGGCUCUGCUGCAGGAGCUGAGAAGGCUGCUGGAGGAGAACCAGGAGCAGAGGAAGCUUCAGGAGGAGAACCAGGAGAAGAGGAAGCUUCAGGAGGAGAACCAGGAGCAGAGGAAGCUUCAGGAGGAGAACCAGGAGAAGAGGAAGCUUCAGGAGGAGAACCAGGAGAAGAGGAAGCUUCAGGAGGAGAACCAGGAGAAGAGGAAGCUUCAGGAGGAGAACCAGGAGAAGAGGAAGCUUCAGGAGGAGAACCAGGAGAAGAGGAAGCUUCAGGAGGAGAACCAGGAGCAGAGGAGGCUUCAGGAGGAGAACCAGGAGAAGAGGAAGCUUCAGGAGGAGAACCAGGAGCAGAGGAGGCUUCAGGAGGAGAACCAGGAGAAGAGGAAGCUUCAGGAGGAGAACCAGGAGCAGAGGAGGCUUCAGGAGGAGAACCAGGAGAAGAAGGACAAACUACCAUCAUAUGAUCAGAGGAGCCUCAAUGACUCCACGCCUCCUGCGGUGGAGGUGGGCGACCAAUCAGACGCUCCGACAGGUGGAAGCAGCCAAUCGGAGCAGCCUCCUGCGGCGGGCCGCCGGCGGACCUUCAGCUGCAGCGUCUGCAGCAGCAGCUUCUCCAGACGGACCAACCUGAACGCUCACCUGCGGGUCCACAGCCGGGAGCGGCCCUUCACCUGCUCCACCUGCGGGAAGUCUUUCUCCGCCCGCAGCAGCGUGCGGGUCCACCAGCUGACCGUGCACGGCGAGCAGCGGCCCUUCAGGUGCUCUCACUGCGGGAAGCUGUUCGGCACCCGCAGCCACCUCAGGGUGCACCAGACGUCCAGCAGGGGGCGCCGCGGGCCGCUCUCCUGCUCCACCUGCGGCGAGACGUUGACGGCGAGGUGCCGCCUCCGACAGCACAGACUCACCUGUCGGGUCGCAGACGGCGGGUUCAGGUGUGCAGAGUGCGGGAAGGACUUCUCCAGACGCAGCUACCUGUCUGCACACCAGCGAGUCCACCUGAAGGACAAACCCUUCAAGUGUUCCACGUGCCAGAAAGGAUUCACCACGCGCCGCAGCGUCCACGUGCACCAGACGACCGUCCACAAAGGACUGAGGCCGUUCACCUGCGGCGUCUGCAGGAAGGCCUUCAGCCAGCGGAGCGGCCUCAGCGCUCACCUGAGGACGCACACGGGCGAGCGGCCGCACACCUGCGAGCAGUGCGGGAACAGUUUCUCCAGCAGGAGCAGCCUGUCGGUGCACCGCCGCGUGCACACGGGGGAGAAGGCCUUCAGCUGCCCCACCUGCGGGAAGAGCUUCAGCGUGUCGGCCAACCUGCGCCGCCACCGGCUCGUCCACUCGGGCCGCCGGGAGUUCAGCUGCGACGUGUGCGGCCGCGGCUUCACGCAGGCGGGACACCUGAAGGUGCACCGCGCCGUGCACGGCGGCGAGUGGGCGUUCAUCUGCAACGCCUGCGGGAAGGGCUUCAGACAGCGCGGCGCGCUGCUGGUGCACGAGCGGAGCCACGCCGGCGUCAAACCGCACACCUGCAGCGAGUGCACGAAGAGCUUCUCCUCGUCCGCGUCGCUGAGACGCCACCGGCUGGCUCACGGCGGGCAGAAGUCUCACACCUGUGAGGAGUGCGGGAAGAGCUUCACCAGCGCCCAGAUCCUGAGGACUCACCUGACGCUGCACGCCGGCGGCAAAGCGUUCCCCUGCGACGUGUGCGGCCGCGGCUACAGCUCGCUCAGCUACCUGAGGACGCACCGACGCAGCCACUCCGAGGGGAAACCGUUCAGCUGCGCUCGCUGCCAGAAAACCUUCUCCACGCAGGCGAGCGCCAGGCUGCACGAGCGCACGCACAGCGGGGAGAAGCCGUACGUCUGCGAGGUCUGCGGGAAGAGCUUCAGCGUGUCGCAGAACCUCGUCAGACACAAGCGCGUGCACAGCGGGGAGAGACCCUUCGAGUGCGGCGUCUGCGGGAAGAGGUUCAGUCAGAACAACAACCUGAAGGCUCACCUGCUGGUCCACUCGGGCCAGAAACCGUUCAGCUGCUCCUCCUGCAGCAGGAGCUUCGCCUCCAUGAGGAGCCUCAGGGAGCACAGGUGUGUCUCUGCUGAAUGACGUCACCUGAGAACCUUCUGGAGCCACAAACCGGACGUGAUGACGAGCCUUCAAGGGUCUUCAGUGACAGUUUAUGUGAAGAAGCGAUAAAUGAUUCUGUUGUAAUUCACUGUAACGUUUUAUGCUGCACCUUCAGGAAUGUAAAGUGAUGAAAGAAACGCGUUCUGUUUCAUGCUAUUGUUAUGUUAAUAUUUAACAGUAUUAUGACGUCAUGUGGAGAGUCAGAGAGGCCCAGCUGGUUUCAGAUACUCAGAUCAAAGGCUGUAUUUAAUAAGUGGACGUAGUCGUCAUGACGUCUCUCGUUGGUUUGUGGACUUUUUGAAGCGUCGAGCUUGGCUACUUGGUCGUCGCCAUCUUGUUUUCUUGCACACAGUGAACAGGAAGUGACCAUAUAUGGACUGAGGAGGAGUGACGUAGAGACGCCGUAUACGUCUCUGGUGUGGACCUGUCAAUCAGUGUGUAGCCCCGCCCUAAAGCAUCCCCUGCUUUAUGGUCUGUUUGACUCUAAAUGGAGCAUCAUUUACUAAAUGAACAUCAUGCUGUAUUGAAGAAGACUUGAAACUAGAGAUUGAGACCAUAAACUCAUGUUUACAAUGUUUACUGAGGGAAUAAAUCAAGAGAGAAGUAGAGUCAUUUUCUCAUAGACUUCUAUACAACCAGAGGAGUCGCCCCCUGCUGGACAGGAGAGAGAAUGCAGCUGUCCUGGUUUAUUCCUUUGAUGGUGAAAUGACAAAAUGAAAUAAACAUUUAAAGCAAACAAUAACUAGUUAUGUGAUGGACAGAUUUGUUUUCAGGCUGAUGUUUGUCAUUGAGUGUUGAAACCAUAAACAAAUAAA